UUAUAAUUUUUUUCUUUAAAUUGGUUUUCUAAAAAAUUUAAUGUUGCAGGGAUGAGGCUAGUGCUACUCAAGAGCCUAAUGAAGGGCAAUCUGAGAAGCCAAUCCCUGAACAAAUUGCUUCUGAAGAUACUCCUAAGGUCCCUGAAGAGGACAAUGAAAUGACUCUUGCUGAGUAUGAAAAACUGUUGCAACAAAAGAGAAAGGCGUUGGAAUCUCUUAAGGUGGAGACCAGGAAAGUAGUUAUUGACAAAGAUUUCGAGGGAAUGCAAAUCAUUGAAAAAAAGAAAGAGGAUGAAGUUUCAAAAAUGAAGUUAGACUAUGACAAGGGAAAGAAGAAGGAAAUCACUGAAAGGGACGAGAAAUCUCGCAAGGCGCAGAGUAUCAAUGAAUUUCUGAAGCCUGCUGAUGGUGAGAGGUAUAGGGCACCUACUUCGUCUCGUGGGCGCGGUGGAAGAGGUCGCGGGCGAGGAGGCGGGAAUGUAAGCGACUAUCCACGUCAGCCGGCUGCUACUGCUCCUCCUCUGGAAGAUCCCUCCCAUUUCCCCAUUCUCGGCGCAGCCGCCAAAGCCUGAUUUUGUUUUAAGUCUUCUGGACUUGCAGCCUCCAAACUCCUCCCCUUAUUUUUGUACUAUUGCUACUUGUCUUUGUUGUUUUCUUUUUAUUUUACAAGAAAUACAAUAUAAUGACUUUCUAUAUUCAAUGGUUGAGAGUUUUUUUUUUUUU